CUUUGAUAAGUUGUUUUUUACUCUCCUUUCAGAAUAAUAGUUCCAACGGAUAUCAAAGGAGGAUAUAAAGUGUUCUCCAAGGAGGAGGUUGCUUCCCAAGGAUCAGAGUUUGAGGCUUUCGUGGAGAGGUCACUGGACACCCGCCUCCCAGUGAAGGUGGAGUGUGUGUGGAGAGAGGACCCGGUGGGCAGUUCUCGCCAGGGGGGCACUAAGGCCUACACCCUGAUUGCCAUCCAGACUGCUGACAGCUUCGGGGAGGAGAGCAGGGUGCUGGACUUCUCCGACUGCCCCCUGGUGCACCUCUCCUCCAGCCUGUUUCCACAUCAAGCCCACGCUGAGGCCUACACUCGCGUGUUCCUGCCCAGAGGACCACACCCCCCAGGCCCACUCACAGGGGGCAGUGCAGGUACCCAGGGUGUGUUCGCUCCAGUGCGGGACUGUCUGAUCAGGAGGCUUGCUGCCCUGCGUCUGCCGCAGGAUGCCCUGCCUGCGGCCCACCUCUGCGUGCUGCUUCUCCUGCUGCCGGAGACGGCUGAGCCUGGGCCAGCGAGAGGCCAGGCACAGGACGCCCCUUUGGAGACCUUGGGACAGAUGUAUCAGUUCCUGCAUGGCUGUGCUGCUCAUCUUUGGGCUGUACGGCAUCACGCUCGCACCCUCUGUGGAGUCCUGGAGUCACAGCCCUGGGAGGCGGCUGAUGCAGAGCUGUGUGGUGCUCUUGCGCGGAGGGUGAGAGGGCUGAUGUUGGAAUUUCUGAGCCGGGCCGUCCAGGAGGGUUUCUCCAGCGAUUCCCUCCUUCAUGCCAGGAUCCUGAGCGGCAGGCUGGAAUCUGUGUGUCUCCGACUGGAGCUGGGCCCCAGUCAGGCAGGGCUUGAUGAACUGAGAGAGUGGUGCUCGUGCAGCUUGGUGCUGGAGUGCCAGCUGCUAUCAGACUCUCUGUCCUGCCUACCUGUCCUCGCUGACAUGAAACAGAAGGCAGACCGAGCCGCGGGACAGCAGCCAGGAGACAGGGAGCCAGAGGACCCCAAAGAGACUCCUGAGAUGUCAUUGGCAUUCUCGAGGGAUCUGCUAUACAACAUGGAAAGCUGUGUUGACCUCUCCCAGGGUGCAAGAGGACCUCUCGGAGGUUUAGAGCUGCAGGCCAGUCUGUCACAGUACCUGGUCGACUGUGGAGUGGAUCGUUGCUGGCAGAGGUGCCUGUGGACGGUGCUGUCGGCCUCCCCCCUGCAGCCCAACCCCUACCCCGUUUUAGUGGACGAGUUCAGCAGGAUGGCUCUGAGGGUGGCGCUGUGGGACAGGUCUGAUGCCCAGAUCCUCAAGCAGGUGCAGCCGGGCUCCUCUAGACUUACAGACAGGGGGCAGCACCUGUACUGCGGCCCCGGUGGAGAGGGACAUGGCUUGGAGAGUGCCCUGAGAGCCGCCCACCUCUCCCAGCUGCAAACUGUCCUGGGUCAGGCCCUCACACUGGUCUGCCAAGCAAGAGCUUCUGGGAGUUUCGAGGUGAGGACAAGUCUGGCUGUGCUGUCCCCUGUGACCUGGCUUGGCACGCUCUGUCCCUUCCUCAGCAGCCUGGAGGUGACUGAGUUCUGCUACAUCACUUCACCUCCUGGUGGCCUUACUGAGGUACUGCAGGCAUACUCCAGACUCGUUCUUUCCCAGCUGAUGGAGCUGGGGCAGAGGGAGGCCCUGAGUCCGUACGAGGUCCGCCUGAGCCGAGGAGAAGUGUGGAGCCCGCGGAGCAUCACCAGCUUCCCCUCCGCCUUCUGUGAGCGCUUCAUUGAGGACCUGCAGGACGGGCACGCUGUGCGCCUCAAGACCUUUCGGAUGCCAGGGCAGUCAGAGUGGGAUUUUGUGCCUUUGGUGAAGCACUUUGUCCUGUAUUACCUCCAGGAGGGGAGCUCUGCCUGGCUCUGUUUUCCGAAACAUGACCCCCUCACCAUCUACCACGCCGUCUUCCAAACACAGGAGCAGGCUGCUUUUCAUCUCCGCUCUGUGGGACCAAUUGGAGACCCUUUUAGCUGUGCCAACCUGCAGGAAGUAAAAUCACUGCUAGACUCCCAGAUUGCUGACAGCUUUCUGAAGAGAAAGCUGCUAUUAGGAUACAGACUGAUUGCACUGCGUGCCCUGGUCACUAGCGAAGAGGGCUGUCUCCCGUCCUGCUGGAGAAUGGCCCACUCUAUGUGCGGUCAGCUGGAGUACCUUUGUAGCAUUGGGCAGAGUCUGCAGUAUGUCUUUGCGCCAUCCACAGGAAGCAAGAAGUCAAACCAGAGACAGACUCUGUCAAUGCACCAGGAGGCUGCAGAGACCAUGCUGAGGGGCUAUGUGUGGACCGUACGGCAAACCCUCAAGCACCCUGGCUGCCUGGCGCCCCCAGAGCUCUGGAAAGCUGUCAGACCAGGAAAAGGGGGUACAAACGGAGAGAAGACAGCUUGGCUGAAGGCCAUCCUGGCUGUGUGUGGGACUCUUUUGAACAGCCUGUCUCAGGCCCUUCACUUCCUGUGCCCUGAGGUCCACAAUCUGCUGGAGAAACUGGACACUGAGAGGCAGUGGGCAGUAAGGGCUCAGGUCCACUCUCCUAAACCAGCCCAACCAAUCCCUAAGAUUUGCCCCAACCUCUCGCAACCUGAACAGGACACAAAGCAGAGAGCCUACCUCACAGCUGCACAAAUGCUAGACUCCUGGUAGCUCCGUUGCAGCCUGAA